GACCUGUGAAAACUGAUGUUAGCGCGGGGACAACCGAGACGACGGACGCUUUGAAAGUCCGCACGUGACGAGUUCUUUAAAAACAAGCGAAGAAGAGUUGGAGCUCGUGUUACUGCUGCUGGCGGGGCUCGAAAGUCCCCUCAACGUAAAUAAUUAAAUCGGGCUGUUAAGACCGUUUGAGGGUAGGACUUGUUUCAGGUGAAGACUGCUGGACUUUGGACGGGUUGCGGUUUUUUAACCCAAAGGGCAGCUCACUUGAAGCGCACCCAACCGUGACUCCGGACCUCUGAGCUCCAGAGUCUCAGGCGGGCAGGAACAUCAGGAAUUAAGAGAGAUUCAGUGAUCCAGAAGGAGCAGGAGCUGUGGGGGAGCCAGCCUCACUGGUUCAGCCAGACAGGACGAGCGGGAGGGGCAGCGGCUGAGGAGCCUGGAGGGUCUUUGUCCACCGGAGACGCUGCAUUCUUCUUCUUUUUCGUGGCUGAUCGGCACACAUGCACCACUUAAGGACUACGGUCGCAAGGCUUCGGCCUUUGACGGCCGCUCAGACGGCCCAGGGCCUGUCGCGGCCCAGACGGUCGGCGAGCGAAGGGGUCUCGAGGACGUGUGAGCCCGCGAGGCGCCUGAACACGUCUGCCACCGCGGAGCCUUUUCUGAACGGCACCAGCACUAACUAUGUGGAGGAGAUGUACUAUGCAUGGCUGGAGAAUCCCAGGAAUGUGCACAAGUCCUGGGACAUAUUCUUCCGUAACGCUAACGCCGGGGCACCGCCUGGUGCGGCCUACCAGAGCCCCUCGCUCCUCGGUGGGACCUCUCGGGACCCGGCCGGGGUCCAGGGUGUGGUGGGAGCUCAGCCCAAUGUGGAAAAGCUGGUGGCGGAUCAUCUAGCGGUGCAGUCGCUCAUCAGAGCGUACCAGGUACGAGGACACCACAUCGCCAAGCUGGACCCCCUGGACAUCAGCUGUGUGGACUUUGACGACGCCCCGUGUACCGUCGGUUUCCAGAAUGUCGGGUUAUAUGGGCUGACUGAAUCCGACCUGGACAAAGUGUUCCGGCUCCCCACCACCACGUUCAUCGGAGGCAAUGAGAGCGCUUUGCCUCUCAGAGAGAUCAUACGCCGCCUUGAGACGGCCUACUGUCAGCACAUCGGCGUCGAGUUCAUGUUCAUUAACGAUAUGGAGCAGUGCCAGUGGAUCAGGCAGAAGUUUGAGACGCCGGGAGUCAUGCAGUUCAGUCUGGAGGAGAAGAAGACUCUCCUGGCCAGGAUGAUCCGGUCUACAAGGUUUGAGGAGUUUCUCCAGAGGAAGUGGUCCUCAGAGAAACGGUUUGGCCUGGAAGGCUGCGAAUCGCUCAUCCCGGCCCUCAAGACCAUCAUCGACGUGUCCAGUCAGAGCGGCGUGGAGAGCGUGAUCAUGGGGAUGCCCCACAGAGGCAGGCUGAAUGUGCUCGCCAAUGUGAUCCGGAAGGACCUGGACCAGAUCUUCUGCCAGUUCGACUCCAAGCUUGAGGCUGCGGAUGAGGGCUCUGGCGAUGUGAAAUAUCACCUAGGCAUGUAUCACAAGAGGAUGAACCGCGUUAGCGACAGGUACAUCACCAUGUCACUCAUGGCGAACCCGUCCCACCUGGAGGCUGUGGACCCGGUGGUGCAGGGAAAAACCAAAGCUGAGCAGUUCUACUGCGGAGACACUGAGGGCAAGAAGGUGAUGUCUAUCCUGCUUCACGGUGAUGCUGCGUUCGCAGGCCAGGGCAUCGUGUACGAGACGUUCCACCUGUCGGACCUGCCAUCCUACACCACACAUGGCACCAUACACGUGGUGGUCAACAACCAGAUCGGUUUCACCACAGAUCCCAGGAUGGCACGUUCGUCUCCGUAUCCCACCGACGUCGCACGAGUCGUCAACGCUCCCAUCUUCCACGUCAACGCCGACGACCCGGAGGCUGUGGUGUAUGUGUGUAAGGUGGCUGCCGAGUGGAGGAAGACUUUCCAUAAAGAUGUGGUCGUGGACCUUGUGUGUUACAGACGUAACGGCCAUAACGAGAUGGAUGAGCCCAUGUUCACCCAGCCGCUGAUGUACAAGCAGAUCAAGAAGCAGAAAAGCGUCCUGAUGAAGUUCGCUGAAAAGGUCAUCGGCGAGGGAGUCGUCACGACGCAGGAGUACGAGGAGGAAGUCGCUCGGUACGACAAAAUCUGUGAGGAAUCUUACACCCGCUCCAAAGACGAGAAGAUCCUGCACAUCAAGCACUGGCUGGACUCCCCGUGGCCCAAUUUUUUCACACUGGAGGGACAACCUAAAACCAUGAGCUGCCCUUCCACUGGAAUCAGUGAAGAAGAGCUCCUCCAUAUUGGGAACGUCGCUGCCUCCGUCCCAGUGGAGGAUUUCACCAUACACGGAGGUCUGAGUCGUAUCCUGAAGGGACGGGCCAAUAUGGUGAGCCAGCGAGUGUGUGACUGGGCUCUUGGAGAAUACAUGGCCUUCGGUUCUCUGCUCAAAGAGGGGGUCCACGUUCGCCUCAGCGGACAGGAUGUGGAGCGGGGCACGUUCAGCCAUCGGCACCAUGUUCUCCAUGACCAGAACGUUGAUAAGAGAAUCUGCAUCCCAAUGAACCACAUCUCCCCGGAUCAAGCUCCUUACACCGUCUGCAAUAGCUCUCUGUCUGAAUAUGGAGUACUCGGUUUCGAGUUAGGCUUCGCCAUGGCCAGUCCCAACGCGCUGGUUCUGUGGGAGGCCCAGUUUGGAGACUUUCAUAACACAGCUCAGUGCAUCAUCGACCAGUUCAUCAGCUCCGGUCAGGCCAAGUGGGUCCGACAGAACGGCAUCGUGCUGCUGCUUCCUCAUGGCAUGGAGGGGAUGGGACCAGAGCACUCGUCUGCCCGCCCUGAAAGAUUUCUACAGAUGUGCAAUGAUGACCGAGAUGUCUUACCUAAACUCUCGGAGGACUUUGCAAUGCGUCAGCUGCACGACUGUAACUGGAUCGUCGUGAACUGCUCGACUCCUGCAAACUACUUCCACGCUCUGCGCCGACAGAUCCUGUUGCCCCUCAGGAAGCCUCUGAUCGUGUUCACCCCCAAGUCGCUGCUGCGCCAUCCCGAGGCCAAGUCCAGCUUUGAUGACAUGCUGCCAGGCAGCCACUUCAAGCGAACCAUCCCAGACGACGGGCCUGCAGCCGCCAGCCCAGAGAAGGUGCAGAGAGUCGUUUUCUGCACCGGCAAGAUCUACUACGAACUGAUCCGUGAGCGCAAGAACAGAGGGCUGGACGACGCUGUGGCUGUCGUCCGCAUCGAGCAGCUGUCCCCGUUCCCAUUCGAUCUGGUGAAAGCAGAGACUGAUCAAUAUCCAAACGCUGAUCUGGUGUGGUGUCAGGAAGAGCACAAGAACCAGGGCUACUAUGACUACGUCAAGCCCCGCAUCCGCACCACCACCCACCGUACGCGUCCCGUCUGGUACGCUGGUCGUGAGCCUGCAGCGUUUACUGGACACGGCGUUCGAUCUGGAAGCCUUCUCAGGGAAAGUGUAGCGGAGAGCUCGCUGCACUCACAGGUCGAACCUGCCCGACAGGCUUCAGCUCCUCAGUUCAGGUCACUGGCUUCACCCUUCAUGUGUUUUCUAUGCCUCAUAUUUUUACAUAUCAGACCGGUUCUCAGGCGUGAUCUUUAAACGAAACGCACGCUAACUUCUGUGUUGCUGUGACGACCUCGUGUCCACAGUGAUGGACGCUCUUAGACAAAGAAAAUGUAAGUAAACCUGCAAUGAAUGUAUGAAUUUAUACAAAAUUAAUUUGUAAGAGUUGUUUUUAAUUAGAUAAUUAGAAAACAAUGUCAGCCUGCUCUGCACAUCCAGAAUCCGAUUGUGAAAUCACCUGCUGGAAAAAUAUUUUAAUUUAUUCACCGAUCUGUGGCAGAUAAAAGCUUAAAAACAAGAAUGUUUCAUUCGGAUAAUCACGUUGGAAACAACGAUGCACCGAUCUUCCUGUUAGCUUAGCUUAGCUUAGCAUAAAGACUGCAAACGAGGGGAAACAGCUAACUUGGGUCCAUCUUAAGCUUGCUCAUUCACAUGUUUUAAAGCUGUACAAAAAACAAAUUGUAGAGAUGACAAUUUGUGUUUUUAAUUUUGGGUUUAUGCUGGACUAUUUCUUGGCCAAGCGCAGUGACUUUUGUAAGGCUUUAACGGUGCUCAAAGGUGCCCUUUCCCCCAGUCUUCAUGCUAAGCUAACGAGCUGCUGGAUGUAGCGCGAGUCGUAUCACACAGAGAGAAAGCUCAGGAGUCUAUUUCCGAAACUGUCCUCAGAUCUACCAACACCACAAUGCUUAUAACUGAGACAGUUGAAACAAAGAUAUUAGUGAUCAUUUGAAAUGUUCAGGUUGAGUAACAGCAGUGGGUUGAACUUUUAGAUUUUGAAGAGACUUUAUAAUGUUUUUUAGUCAGCCUCAUGUCUGCCUUCUCCGUGAAGUUUGUACGUAAACCGAUGAAAAAGGGCAUCCACGCAUUUCUGCACUUUCACCAGAGUUUAAAAUGACCCAGGAUUGUUUUCCUCCACACCUCUUCUUUUCAGCUCAUUCUGCACAUCUUUUCAUAUUUUCUGCUUCAGUUCUUCCUAAAUCCCUAUUUAUUUGCUCCUCCGCGGUUCACUCACCGUGCUGUUAACGUCUGUUUGUGCCAAAUGUUAACCGAUUACUUGAAAUGAGUGUUUCAUUUGAAAUACGGAAAUCAUGACUACUAUACGAACUUGAUGUAAGGACAUAAUGAGAUUCCUCAGAUUUGAAGGUUGUAUUUAUUUUCUUAUCAUGUUUUAUGUUUUGUUGUUUUCAAUAAAUGAAGAUUUUAGUUCCCA